AUGAAUUUUUAUUUUACCAGUUAUCUGUCCUUCUGGUUACAUUGCACCUAUUGUCUAGCUCAGGAUAAACAGAAUUUAUUCCAUCAGUUAUACACUUUGUUUACUGGUAAUCAAACAUUGACCAAUAUUAUACCAUCCAGUUGGUUAGAUUAUCUUGUUAGUUUGCCUGGAUCUGGAUAUUUAAUUGCAUUUGUUUAUUGGCUACGUCAUCCGCUUCUUUUGUGUUUUCUACUUCCAUUUCUAUUAAUCUUUUUCAUUUAUUUUACUGUAAUUUUGCUUCAUUUAUACCAUUUACGUUUUUGGCUACGUCGUCAUUUAAGUCGUUUAUUGUCCAAGUUCAGACAGUCAUCAACUUCACCAUCAAUAUCCAUAUCAUCUACUAGUCACAUGUGUUUAGAUUCACUAGCGGAAUUAUUACGCCGUAUUGUUGCUGCCGUAUGGGAUGCGCAUGGGCGUAUAUUUCACGGUUAUGAAGUAAUUGGUAUAGAGAAAUUACCGCCAAAUGGACCAGCUUAUUUAGUUUAUUAUCAUGGAACAUGUCCAUUUGAUGCAUAUUAUUUUACAUCGAGAUAUUGUAUUGAACGAGAUAGAUUUCCUGUUCCUGUUGUAGACAGAUUUUUAUUUCGUGUACCUGGACUUGGACGUUUAUUAGAAACAAUCGGUGCAAUUAAAGGUUCUGUUGAUGAAUGUGUCGCUCAUUUGCAACCAGGUCAUAUUCUCAAAAAUGGUAAAGUAUCUCAAGGUGAUGUAUUAUUAAUCUCUCCUGGAGGUGUUAGAGAAGCUUUAUUCUCUGAUGAAUUUUAUACGGUUAUGUGGGGGAAUCGUCAAGGUUUUGCACGUAUUUCAUUAUUAUCUGGGCAACCUAUUUAUCCAAUGUUUACAGAAAAUAUUCGUGAAACUAUAAGAAUUGUACAAUUUGGCAAAGGUUGGUGGCGUAGUUUAUAUGAACGAACACGAUUACCAUUAGCAAUAUUUUAUGGUUAUUUCCCUGUUAAGCUUAGAACCUACAUUGGUGAUCCGAUUUAUCCAUUACCAGAUGAAACAUCUGAGGAAUUAGCUAGACGUGUUCGUAUAUCCAUUGAAGAACUUAUCAACAGGCAUCAAUUGAUACCGGCAAAUCUUUUUUGUGCUAUUAUGCAACGAUUCCCUAUAUUCGACCGGUGGUUAACAAAAUAUAAACUUAAACGAUUUCAUCAUCAUUAUCAUCAACAUCAAAGACAAACAUGA